AUGGUGGUCCGGGGCAAGAAAGUUGUCGUGAUACUGGACACUCCUAAGAAUGUGACGGACACCACGGAAGGAUGGGCCAUGAGUGGGACCAAUGAGUUCUUCCCAGACUACGAGAGCUAUAUCAGACGGCUGGAGUACUUGAAGCAGAAGAAGUUCAUCGACGCUGUCAACGGCAAGUCUGGCCUAACCUUCUUCGAGGCACUUGAGUCUGAGAAUCGAAGUGCGAAAGCCAUCGAGGACAUCUUCCCGCCUCCACUCAAGGACCCCAUACUGCGCAAAGUGCAGUUCUCGACUAUCUCACGGAUGGACGACCUUGUGAGCGCUGUAUUCGACGAGUUCAAGAAGGACUUCUUCCCAGGCGAGAACGUUCAUGUAUUCUUCGAAGAUGGCGACAACUUCACGGGUCUCAUUCGCGAAAAGGCCAAGUUCCCCAUGAUCAGGCAAGUCGAUUCAGGGGUCGUAAUGACCAAACUGGUUGAUACAUUUGCUUAUACACUACUCAGAGGUCCCGACGGUGCCGUUCAGCGUCCUGCGUUCUCUCGCUACUUCGUUCGUCUGCCUGAUAUGCCCGACAAGGAGGCUCUGGUCGACGACAAGCACAUUCGGCGUGACAAGAAAGUAUUCACCAAGCAGAAUCUUCGUCAGUUCCUGAAAAGCUCGUUGCAGCGCGAGUCCUGGAUUGGCGCUCCAUGGCUCGUCAAGGAGCACUUGGCGAUCACGCACCGCCUGCCCAUGGAGAUCCCGCCACACCUCAUGCAAGACGCUAAGCUGCUCGCGAACAAGCAAAUGCUCCAGAUGAAGACACCGAAAAGCCGUCGCGGUCGUCCAUCCGAAGAGCAUGCGAGACAACAGCAAGAGCUAGCUCGCUUGCAGAUGCAACAGCACCCUGGAGCGCCGCCGCACCAUCUCCAGCAGGGCUAUCACCAGCCGCUGGCCUCUCGUAUGGAGCCUCGACCGCUUCCGCCACCGCCAAUCCGCUAUCCGAUCGAAGACACGGACUUGCCACCGCAAGGUAAACAACGACCACAGAUGGACUUCUUGACCGACGAGCAGAAAGCAUAUGUUGAGAGCGGCCGUCGUAUCGAGUUUGACGACGUCUCCAUGGAGUCGACUGGCCUGCUGCUCGAAACCUGGAAUACGCUCAACGUCCAAUGCGAGGUGUAUGUGCUCGAUAGCUUCACCCUCGACGACUUCAAAGACGCUAUGAACUACCGGGACGUCGACACACCUUGCGAGUUGCUGGACGAGGUUCAUUGCGCAGUUUUGUCGCAAAUUGUGGACAAAAAUGGCAAGUUGCAGAUCGUUGGUGGGAUGGCUGACAUGGUUGCUGAUGUCGAUGAUACCGUCUCGGACGGCCACAUCGAGAGCGAGGUCUCAACGCCACAGCCUGACGUUCCUGCUCGCUCAACACGUAGCCGUCUCAGUCACGUCGACCCUGCAGUCGAGAACGGUCGAACACCCACCAGCGAUAGGCCUCAUCGCGCAGCCGAAAUGCUUGGUGAGCGCGGGUGGAAGACCAGGCUUGCGGCCCGUGAGUUCGAGAAUGGUGGUUGGCUACUUAUCAUGAUUGGUCUGCUACAUCAGCUUUCCGCCAAGCCCAUGUGGAAGAUUCGUUGUGACAAGAUCCUGGCUGAGCUUGCGCCUGUUGACCUCGACGCGACACCAGAGACAGCCAUCGAGCGGUACCAGGAGCUUAACGUCAAUUUACGCCUGUCAGCCUUGCAGAUGAUCACCUUGCUUUCGAUUAGCACGCCUGCCAUCAAGCAGUUCUUGGAGUCUUGCAGUGACGACAUGACAGAUGUGCGCAAGCGAAAAAUUGAGCACCAACGCGAGAAGAAAGUUUGUGCUGAGGAGCUACAGACCAAGGAUAGAGACCGCAGGAUCUUGUGGCCCCAGAACAUGCCGGAUUCGCCGAAGCAGGAGAGCGCAGAGCCAGUCUCGGUGACUUCGGCAAAUGGCGAUGGUGACGACACACUCGAGACCAACGGAGCUGGUAGUUCCGAUCCAGAGGACGAGGCGCCAGCGUCUGGCCGCUCACUACGUCGUGCAAGCGAUCGCAAGCGGAAGCGUGACGAGGACAAUGCUCGGCGCGAGAAGGAGAAGGCCGAGAAAGCUGAGGCUGCGAAGAAGGAGAACAAGCAGUCGAAGGAAUUCAAGAAGCUGCUCAAAGAGAUUGAUGAGCUCAAGGAACACAUUUUUGAUCUCGAGGCUAAGAUUGCGGACUGUGAUGCCGACCUGCGCGAGGCUAAUGUCCAGCGUACGAAGGUACUCGGGAAAGAUCGCUACUGCAAUCGCUACUACUGGUUCGAGCGUAAUGGUCAGCCCUUUGGCGGUCUGCCUAGAUCGAGCACGGCAAGCUAUGGCUAUGCGAAUGGCCGAAUCUGGGUGCAGGGUCCGGACGAUCUGGAGCUGGAGGGCUUCAUUGAUCUUGCGCCAGAAGACCAAAAGGCGUAUCGCCUUCGGAACGGAGUCAGUGUGCUGGAGCGUCGCAAGCAGGAAGAGGGCACCACGAGUCUCAUGAAUGCGCAGGAGUGGGGCUACUACGAUGAUCCGGAGCGUCUGGACCAACUCAUCGCUUGGCUCGACGAGCGUGGCGAGCGUGAGAAGAAGCUACGGAAAGAGCUCUGCGAUUGGCGAGAAAUCAUUGCGCAGUUCAUGGAGGCGAAAAAGUCGUUCAUCAAUGGCGAAGCGGCUCGUAAAGUCGAGGCGGAAGAGGAGCACGCAACGAGGGUCAGUACUCGUCAUGCUGCAAAGGAAGACAGUGCCGAGGCGAAGCAAAGAUGCUGCAAGUGGACGAAUGGUAUGGCUCUGGAGGAGUACGGACAUAUCCACUCCAGGCCGGAGCGGAAGAAGGAAAAGAAGGUUAAGGUUGCUGUGAGCCAGAAGGGCGCGGCUACGCUUGUUAGUCGGUCCACUGGGAAGCUGGUCACGAGGCAGGGUGGGAACUACAGCUUCAAGUAG